UCACUAAUUUUUCAAUUUUUCAUUCUUGUAAAAAUACGACUGAUUAUUUUUUAUGUAAAGAAAGUUUCAGAAACAAUUAAUACGUUGGACUUAUUAAACGUAAUUUCGACAGAAAUCUAUCUCUGAUAAGUCUUUUCUUCAGAUUCGUGAUUUCCGUGAAUGUUACAUAUUGAGCACCACUAUGGUGCGUGUGUCACGUGUACAAUUGUAUCGUAUGUUGAUCCGACAUAAUCAGUACACUGUCAGUCGGUCGCGUAUGUUUUACGCCGAUAUGUCUGUAGCGGCGUACUUUAAGAAUUCUUGUAAAUCUCGAACGAAAAUGUAAAGACGUUUAUAUUUUUUUUGCAUUGUAACAUACACACGCAUUAGAAUCCGAUUAUAUUAGCUUAAAAAUGUUAUUAAAUAAACUUUAGUUCCUUUAUUUUUCUUGUGAAACGGCUCGCCUGAGUUUUGACAUUUUAUGGAUUAACGCAUUAUCAGUCUGUUCUCUUUUUUCUUCUGAAUAUAUUUGAAGAAAAUAUUCUUUUAUAAAGCUGGGAUUGCAGUGAAGAGGAAAAUUUAAUGAUAAAAGUAUACACAUAUUUGUACAACAGGCCUACUACUAUGGAUUUGGAUACAGCAAUUAUGGAGGCAAAAAAAGCGAUACAUUAUUUUUUUAAUAAUGAUUUUGAAGAAGCAAGAAAAAUUAUGGAACCUUGGGCAGGCAGUAGCAUGUAUCAUUCUUUAGGAACAAGUAUAUUUGCAUUCCUCGAGGCUAUUCUUACAUUCGAACAAAAAUACAUUGAAAAGGCAGCUGGAGCUGUAAAACAGUGCAUGACUGUGUGUUUGAAGCAACGUAAACAUGUUACAUUAACACAAAAUAUUGGCAAAAUGGUGAAGAAAACUAAUUAUGAUGCUUAUACAAUUGAGGAAAUACACGCGGAACUCUGUUAUGCUGAAUCACUUUUUUUAAAAUCGAUGCUCACGUUUGUGGAGGACGAGACUUUGGUUAGCUUUGUUAAAGCUGGAUUAAAAAUUCGUACUUGCUUUUUGUCAUAUAAAGAAUGUUUAACAAUUUUAAAUAAUCGCAAAUGGGAAAACAAUGCUCAUAAAAUACAUUUUGAGAGUGGUGUUCGUACUGGUAUUGGUGCAUUUAAUUUGGAGUAUGGUUUGUCGGAAUUAGAAGCAGGAUACAGAGAAAGAAGAGGAUUACGGCACGUAUUGUGCUCCAUGUUUCUUUUAGCUUAUAAUUUAAUAAUAUCAUUUGUUCUGAGUCAUACAGACGGUGAUCUAGACUGGUGUGAAAAAGUUUUAACAGAAGAAUUGAGUCUUUAUCCAAACGGUGUAUGGUUUUUAUUUUUUAAAGGCAGACUAGAACUAACGAGAGGGAAUUUUGAAAAAUCAUUGGAAUGGUAUACUAGGUCGUGGAAAAGUCAAGAUCUAUGGCCUCAAUUUCAUCAUAUUUGUUUCUGGGAAUUAAUGUGGGCACAUUGUUCGUUGCAACAAUGGGAUCAAGCUGCAACGUUUGCAGACACAUUAGCUACAGAAUCACAUUGGUCGCGUACAAUUUAUUUGUAUCAAAGGGCUGCGAUACUUAUGAUGCGUAAACCACCGGCACAAAGUGAAGAGAAGCAACUGAUAGAUACUUUAAUGAUGCAAGCGCCUACUUAUAAACAACGUAUUGCAGGAAAGUCAUUACCAAUGGAAAAAUUUGUAAUAAAAAAAACUGAACGGUACUUUGCUCAAAAAAAGAAGUUAGUUCUUCCUAUAUUUGAACUUAUGUUUGUGUGGAAUUUGUUUCGCAUAGUAGGCAAACGACAAGAUUUGACGUUAAAUAUGUUUAAAGUAAUCGAAGACGCUGAAAAAGAACUUACAAAAGUUUCGAAAACAGAAUAUCACGCGGAUAAUAAAGGAUUAUUAUUGCUUCUAAAGGGUGCAUGCUUACGACAAAUGAAACAUCGUUUGUUAGCCGAAAAUUGUUUAAAACGCGUUCUUGAAUUGGACAAGUCAAUCAAGGAGGAUACAUAUUUACUUCCUUAUGCAACAGUAGAAUUAGCUUUGUUAGCACAAGAUCAAGGAAACAUUCAACUCGCUAUUGGAUAUCUAGAGGAUGCCAACAUGGAUGUCCAAGGUUCUUUGAGAGAAGCUUUAUAUGAGACAUUAAGUGGUAUUUUGUCUCCUCAUAGAGAGACUCGUCAAGCAGCUGAACAAAGAAUCCAAGCGUUAGAAGUUACAGAGGAAUUUGGUAUACAUUUAUCAGAAUUUGUAGUAGAUCCAAAUGGGCAUUUACCUAUUAGACAGUUAGCUUCUGUAUUAUUAAAGCAAUAUGUUGAAACUCACUGGUCUUCUGUUGCUGAGAAAUUUCGACCUCCUGAAAUAAAAUAUGCAACAAAGGAAAGAAUAAAAGAAUUACUGCCAUUAGGACUCCGUGAAUCCAUUAGUAAGGUACGUACAGCAGUAGCUUAUGCAAUAUCAGCAAUUGCACACUGGGACUGGCCAGAGAAUUGGCCAGGUUUGUUUGAUAUACUUGUAAGCUGUUUAAGUGGGGAAAAUGAAUAUGCUGUUCAUGGAGCUAUGAGAGUUUUAACAGAAUUUACAUCUGAUCUUACUGAUAAUCAGUUGCCUAAUGUGGGACCAGUAAUCCUUCAAGAAAUGUAUAGAAUAUUUCAAAGCGAAAAUCAAUAUUCCAUUAGAAUCCGUGGUCGAGCCGUUGAAAUUUUUACAACAAUUACAACGUUAGUUGCUGUUACAGGAGUAUAUCAAAAAGGUUUUACAGAGCAAUAUUUACAACCUGUCAUACCUAUGUUUUGUGAAAAAUUUGUUUACUGUUUACGACUGCCUGAUGGUCCAACUUGCGACAGCGGGCUUAAGACCGACGUUAUCAAAGCUAUAAAUUGCCUAGUUAUCAAGUUACCUAAAUAUGUCUCAACUUUUUUACCUCAGAUGUUACCGCCCGUUUGGGAAACUUUAGUGCAAAGUGCGAAAAUUUAUCAAGAAGAAUUUGUAAAUGGAAAGGGAGAUACAAAUGACAAACAAGUUGAUUCAGAUGGUGAAAUAAUUAACUUCAAUAAUUUGAUUAUUGCCAUAUUUGAAUUUGUUCAUUCUAUCGUGGAUCGUAAACGAUUUUCAAAUCUUUUGGAUAAUUUAUUGCAAGAAGUGAUGUAUUAUUUAAUAAUCUUCAUGCAAAUAACAGAUGAUCAAAUCGAAUUGUGGACAACUAAUCCCAACCAGUUUGUUGAAGAAGAUGACAUACUAACUUAUAAUGUUCGCAUUUCGGCGCAAGAGCUCUUAACGGCUUUAGUGAAUUAUUCCGAGGAAAAGGCGGUGAAUGCACUUUGCGAGGUUGUAACGCGUCACAUUGAAGCAACUAAUAGAUUACAAACUGCAAAUAAUGAAACAUGGUGGAAAUUACGAGAGUCGUCUAUUUUAGCGUUAAGUAAAGUAAAAGACGUUGUGGUGGAAAGACAAAAAGCUGGAAUGCUUCAAUUCGAUAUUAUUAGAUUUUUAGAUACAAUCAUUUUAGAUACUUUAAAGGAUUCAGGAGCACCGCCAUUACUCCUUGGUCGUUGUUUGUGCAUUGGUGGAAAAUACGCCGAGAUAAUGCCACCAGAGAUAAGUUCACGAUUUUUGGAAGCAACUGUUAAUGGGUUGCAAGAGAAUCAACUUUCGUGUAUUCGCAUCAGUGCAGUAAAAGCUAUUUACUGGUUUUGUAAAGCAUCAGUGGAAGAGAAUAAUAGUACUCUUGGCAAUAUUAUACGAUCUCAUUUGCCAAAUAUAUUUCAAGGAAUUUUUAGUUUAGCCAAUCAAGCAUCCACGGAAAUUUUGACACUAGUGCUAGAAACUUUGCAAGUCCUUGUUUCGUUGGACAAAGCAUUUACCGCUUCAGUGGAAAAUAAAAUUUGCCCUUUAACCAUCGCUGCAUUCCUCAAGUUUUAUAGCGAUCCUGAAAUCUUGAAUCUGUGUCAAGAUAUAUUUAAAAGCUUGACACAAAAUUCUGAUUGUAUAGGACCAUUACAAACUCGUUUGAUACCGACGUUAACCAGUAUGAUGGCUGUAACACCUAUGGAUAAAUUGAAUGAUGAAAGAUGUCGAAAUGUAGCUCUAGAUGUUUUGCAAGUAUUGGUGCAAUACUCUCCUAAACCAUUGAGCAGUGCGUUGAUCGAAACUGCGUUCCCUGCUGCGUGCCACUGUAUUUUGAAUUCAGAGGACAACGAAACGUUACAAAGUGGCGGGGAAGUAAUACGGACUUAUCUAGCUGUCGCGGCGCGACAAGUGACUGUACAUCGAGACAAUGACGGUCAAACGGGUCUGCAAUAUAUAUUACAAAUCGUUGCUCAGCUGUUGAAUCCGCAGUCGAGCGAGUUUACAGCGACUUUCGUCGGACGAUUGGUGACAACAUUGAUUAGGAAGGCAGGAAAUACAUUGGGCGAAAAUCUCGAUUUGUUAUUGAAAGCUGUGUUGAGUAAGAUGCAACGAGCUGGGACGUUGACCGUGGUACAGAGUUUGCUCAUGAUAUACGCUCAUCUUAUAAAUACAGAAUUUGACGCUGUCCUAAAUUUUCUAUCAACCGUACCCGGUCCGACAGGACAAAGCGCUCUCGCUUUCGUACUCUCUGAGUGGGUCAGCAGGCAACACUUAUUUUUCGGCAAAUACGACCGAAAGGUAGCAACAGUCGCGCUUUGCAAGAUAUUGGAAUACGGUGUUACUCACGGCGACAGUCGAUUAAACGACAUCACGGUCAAGGGAGAUCAAAUAUUCUCAGGAAAUGAAGAAGGCGUGAGGACUAGGAGUAAAGCCGAAUCACAGCCUUAUCAAUGGACCACCAUACCUGUUUUGGUGAAAAUAUUCAAGCUGAUAAUCAAUGAGUUGUCGAACGACAUCGAAGCCGUCGCCGCUAGCCAAGAGACGGAUGUUAGUGACAACUGUUGGGAGAAGCAGCGAACGAAAUCGAGGAAGACGAGGACGAUCCGGAUUUACUGCAAGAUUCCAUCUAUCACUUGAAUCUGAGUCAAUACUUGCGAGACUUUUUAUUAAAUUUUUCGACUCAUCACUGCUUUCCAGCGUACAUUCAGCAUCUAAAUAUUCCGGAACGGAAGGUUUUAAGCAGCUUAAACAUCAACGCAUCGUUCAUGCAAUAAACAGAUGGAUAGAUAGGUCGUUAAAUAGACACAUGAACAGAUACACAUGUCGAUGAUGAGGAUUUUCGAAUUUCGUAAUAAAAUAUGUAAUUUUUCGUAUGUAUAUGUAUAUAUGUAUACACAUAUACAUACAUCACAUAUAUAUAUGAUAUAUGUAUAUAUAUGUGAUAUAUGUAUAUGUAUAUAUAUA